AUGGAAGAGCCGGAGCCCCCUGGUGGGCUCAGCCAGGACCAAGUGGAGCGCUGCAUGCGCGCCAUGCAGGAGGGGACGCAGCUGGUGAAGCUCCGCGGCAGCUCCAAGGGCCUGGUCCGCGUCUACCGCCUGGAUGAGCACCGCUCCUGCAUCCGCUGGCGGCCGUCGCGCAAGAACGAGAAGGCCAAGAUCUCCAUCGACUCCAUCCAGGAGGUGAGCGAGGGCCGGCAGUCCGAGAUCUUCCAGCGCCACCCCGACGGCGCCUUCGACCCCAGCUGCUGCUUCAGCAUCUACCACGGCGGCCAGCGCGAGUCGCUGGACCUGGUGUCGGCCAGCGGCGAGGAGGCCCGGCUCUGGGUCACCGGCCUGCGCUACCUCCUGGCCGGCAUCCGCGACGAGGACAGCCUGGCCCGCCGCCAGCGCACCCGCGACCAGUGGCUCAAGCAGACGUUCGCCGAGGCCGACAAGAACGGCGACGGCAGCCUGAGCGUGGCCGAGGUCCUGCAGCUGCUGCACAAGCUCAACGUGAACCUGCCGCGCCGGCGGGUCAAGCAGAUGUUCAGGGAGGCUGACACGGAUGAGCACCAGGGCACGCUGGGCUUCGAGGAGUUCUGCGCCUUCUACAAGAUGAUGUCCACCCGCCGGGACCUCUACCUGCUCCUGCUGUCCUACAGCGACCACAAGGAGCACAUGGACGCGGCUGACCUGCAGCGCUUCCUGGAGGUGGAGCAGAAGAUGGUGGGCGUGACCCUGGAGAGCUGUCGGGACAUCAUCGAGCAGUUUGAGCCAUGCCCAGAGAAUAGGCGCCGUGGGGUGCUGGGCAUCGAUGGUGAGUGUGGGGGAAGGGCAGCCACCAGGCCUUGUUCCCCGUGGCUCACCACACCCCACUGCUCCCCACACCUCCCGUGGCUCCACACGGCAGGCUUCACCAACUAUGCUCGCAGUCCGGCCGGCGACAUCUUCAACCCAGAGCACCACGGCGUCCACCAGGACAUGACGCGGCCACUGAGUCACUACUUCAUCACGUCUUCGCAUAACACCUACCUGGUGGGGGACCAGCUCAUGUCCCAGUCUCGGGUGGACAUGUACGCCUGGGUCCUGCAGGCUGGCUGCCGCUGUGUGGAGGUGGACUGCUGGGAUGGGCCUGACGGGGAGCCCAUUGUGCACCAUGGCUACACCCUGACCUCUAAGAUCCUCUUCAAGGAUGUGGUGGAGACCAUUAACAAGUACGCCUUCAUCAAGAACGAGUACCCGGUGAUCCUGUCCAUUGAGAACCACUGCAGUGUGGCCCAGCAGAGGAAGAUGGCCCAGUACCUGACUGAGAUCCUCGGGGACAAGCUGGACCUGUCCUCUGUGGGCGAGGAGGCCAUGGUGCUCCCGUCUCCGCAGAUGCUCAAAGGCAAGAUCCUGGUGAAGGGGAAGAAGCUCCCAGCCAGCAUCGGCGAGGAUGCAGAGGAGGGCGAGGUGUCAGACGAGGACAGCGCGGACGACAUGGAGGACGACUGCAAGCUGCUGGAUGGCGACGCUUCCAUCAACCGGAAACGCGUGGAGAAUAUGGCCAAGAGGAAAUUGGACUCCCUUAUGAAGGAGUCCAGGAUCCGGGACCGCGAGGACCCCGACGACCUCUCCAUCUCCACCACGCUCGCCAGAGCGGAAGCCAAGAAGGCUCAGGGCAAGGCGGAGGAGGACGCUGAGGCAGAGGAGGACGGCAGAGCGGGCAGGCAGAGCGCCCGCCUUCUUGGCAGCAGCUUCUCCUGGUACAAGAAAAGGGGCAGUAAGAAGGUGGCCAGCGUGGAGGAGGGCGACGGCGAUCUGGACUCUGCGGGCAGCCAGAGCCGAGGGACAACGAAGCAGAAGAAGACCAUGAAGCUGUCGCGGGCGCUCUCGGACCUGGUCAAGUACACCAAGUCCGUGGGCGCCCACGACGUGGAGAUGCAGGUGGCGUCCAGCUGGCAGGUGUCCUCCUUCAGCGAGACCAAAGCGCAGCAGAUCCUGCAGCAGAAGCCGGCCCAGUACCUGCGCUUCAACCAGCGCCAGCUCUCCCGCGUCUACCCCUCGUCCUACCGCGUCGACUCCAGCAACUUCAACCCACAGCCUUUUUGGAACGCCGGCUGCCAGAUGGUGGCACUGAACUACCAGUCUGAGGGGCGGAUGCUGCAGCUGAACCGGGCCAAGUUCAGUGCCAACGGCAACUGUGGCUAUGUGCUCAAGCCCCCCUGCAUGUGCCAGGGUGUCUUCAACCCCAACUCUGAGGACCCCCUGCCUGGGCGGCUCAAGAAGCAGCUGGCACUGCGCAUCAUCAGUGGCCAGCAGCUCCCCAAGCCGCGGGACUCGGUGCUGGGGGACCGCGGGGAGAUCAUAGAUCCCUUCGUGGAGGUUGAGGUCAUCGGGCUCCCGGUGGACUGCAACAAGGAGCAGACCCGCGUGGUGGACGACAACGGUUUCAACCCACUGUGGGAGGAGACACUCGUGUUCACCGUGCACAUGCCCGAGAUUGCCCUGGUCCGCUUCCUGGUCUGGGACCACGACCCCAUUGGGCGUGACUUCAUCGGUCAGAGGACGCUGGCGUUCAGCAGCCUCAUGCCAGGCUACCGGCACGUGUACCUGGAGGGGAUGGAGGAGGCCUCCAUCUUUGUGCACGUGGCUGUCAGUGACAUCAGCGGUAAGGUAAAGCAGGCUCUGGGCCUAAAAGGUCUUUUCCUGCGCGGCCCAAAACCCGGCUCACUGGACAGUCAUGCUGCUGGGCGGCCCCUGACCAGGCCCUCCGUUAGCCAGCGGCUGCUGCGGCGCACGGCCAGCGCCCCCACCAAGACCCAGAAACCGCGUAGGGACUCCCCAGAGCUGGUCCUGGGCGCGCAGGACGCGGGUGCCCAGCAGGUGGACAACGCAGCGGCCCCUAGCCCCAGGCCUACCCUGGAGGGCGCAGCUCACCAGGGGCCUGCUGGCGGUGGGGACUGUCCCCGAGGUAAGGCACCAGCAGUAGCAGCAGAGAGGCCCCCCAUGGUGGGGCAAUCCCCACGGGCCUCCGAUGGCCCUGGGCCUGCUGACAUGGCCGCCACAUGCAUGAAGUGUGUGGUGGGCUCCUGUGCUGGUGUGGACGCCGAGGGCCUGAGCAGGGAGCGGCUGCCCAGCCAGGGGCCCAUUGAUGGGCUGGCACCUGUCAGCCAGCAGCCCCGAGCCCAGGCAGACUCACUGGGGGCUCCUGGCCAUGGCCCAGGAAGAAGCGGAUUGGAACCAGGGCGGGGCCCAGGCGGCAGCGCCCAGGUGCCCCCAGGGUCCCCGCGGGGAGAGCCGAGCGCCUGGUCCGGUCCACAGCUGGAGGAAGGUGGGAGUGGCUGCUCCGGGCUCCCCGCGGGUAAGGCUGGCCUGCCCGCCCGCCUCCUGCAUGUGCCCGCUUGUCCGCCUCCAGCUGUGGCCUCUGCACCCCUCCUCCUGCCGUGUGAGUGUGUCCUUCGAGCGAGGCCUGGCACCUCAGCCGGCUGCCCCAUGGUCACUGACGCCCCUCCUGGGCCUGUGGGUGGCUGCAGCCGCCAGGUGGGCGUGGCUGGGGGAGGUGCGUGAGCCUGGCCCUGCUCCUGCUCCCUGCUGGCCUCCCUGCCCGUCCGCCCGUCGCCAGGCCUCCCCCCCACUGACCUGCUCUCCUUUCUGUCCUGCCCCCAUGCUGCCUCCGUAGUUAGGAACUGAGGCCCGUAACAGUCAGGUAACAGGCCCCAUCCUGCCUCUGGAGGGUCCUGCCCGGGGGCCGGGUCCCUCACU